AUGCAGUUCGGAGACAUCGACGUCCUCCAAAUCAUCCGCACGGAACUCUCAGGCUUCACUGGUGGCGACAUCAGCAUGCGAAAGGGGAUAUACCCGGAUCAAGUUGCUGCACCACUGACACCAGGCUACUGUCUGGUGGGGACGGUCAGCAAGCUCGGAGAUUUCUGUAAAGAGCUGCAGGUUGGCGACACUGUUGCCGUGCUGACCAAGUACAAUGUGCAGGCUGAGUAUGUGAAUCAGCCGGAGGAGUAUUGUGUCAAGAUCCUUGGGGGUCUGGAUCAUCGGCAAGUUACUGGGCUGAUAUGUGACUGGAGCACUGCCUAUGCAAUGGUGAAGGAGGUGGCCAAUGUCGCCGAGCGCCAGCGUGUUUUCAUCCACGGCAUGAGUGGUGGUGUUGGCACGGGGGUGAUGAUUCUUGCCAAGUUGGCGGGUGCUGAGGUGUAUGGAACUGCGAGUCUGCGCAAUAAUCAUCUCAUUCGGUCGUAUGGAGCGCAUUCGUUUGUCUACCCGGACAAGAAGUGGAUGGAUGCCAUGAAGGGUUGGGGUGGUGCUCAUGCUGUUUUUGACGCGCUGGAUUUCGAAAGCUUUGAUGAGAGCUAUGGUAUUCUCAAGCUGGAGCAGCUGGAGCAGGAGCUCCGAUCCAUCAAACAGGUGGUCCAUCCGCACGGCACCGACGCCGCCGACUUGAAAUGGACGCCGCCCAGCCCGCGAGCCCCGUUUCAGAAUGCAACAGAAUCCUACAGCCGCUCUUUCGCGCAACCCGUACCGCAAACGCCGACGCCUCUCUCGGAACCAUCUGCGGCUGCGGCGCCGCCCUCUGCACGGCUCUCCGAACAGCGUCCCAAGACCGGCCCCACCCAGGCCCGCAUGCUUGGCAAGCACAGGGUCUCCGGAGACGAUAUUGACUGGUACUUUGACAAGUUCUUGCAGUGCUUCCACCCGGCAUUGCCCAUCUUGCGAAAGCGAGAUCCGGAUGAGUGCUACGAAGCCAGCUCAACGCUGUUCUGGGUCGUCAUAUACGUAACCUGUCGCCGAUACACCACGGACCGUGUGUUUUUCCGCGCGCUGGUCGAUUAUGUUGAAGAGGAUAUUUCCAAGACGCUGAUAGAUCCGGCCAUGGGGCUGGAAACCGCUCACGCGGCCCUGUUCCUCUGCGCCUGGCCUCUCCCCACCAUACGGCUGUUGACGGAUUCCUCCACGACAUAUAUCAGCAUUGUCAUGACGGGGAUCAUGAUGAUUGGAGUACAUACUGGACGAGGCAGUCAUAAGCAGUUUUGUGUCGGCACACGCAAGACUCGCGUCUUCUCCGACGAGGAAGCUGCGUCGACGUGGAUGGCCUGCUGUGUGCUGGCGCAAAAAAUAUCGACGACUAGUGGCCAUCCGCCACCCUCUAUCCAGCACGACGACACGCAAUGUCGCGCAUCUCUAGACUCGCCAUUCUGGACCGAUCUAAUAUCCAUGUUCGACCUCUACAGAUUCCUAAAUCGCUUCCACAGCGCAAUGGCGGUGCAUGCAUCCAGCCGUGGGCAAGCUCCCAUCUCUGAAGUCACACGAUGGGAGCAAGAGUUUGAAGCGCUGCGGCCUGCAAUCUUCCAGUCCAACACCGACCUGCUUCGCGUCCUGUCUCUCUCUGCACUUCUCGAGAUCCAAACCUUUUACUUCUCCGCCAACCCCGACGCGACAACACACGUGCAGCGCCUCUACUACCUCCGUGCCUUCCGCACGGCGCGCAGCCUCAUCAGCACGGUGCUGGAUCUCGAGUCGCGUAGCCAGUUCCUCACGCACGCUACCAACCAAAUCUUCCGCAGCCUCGUCGACGCCGCUUGCAUCGUCACCGCCAUCCUGUACUCGACAUCGGCGCCGCCCGACGUGGCGCCCAACGACGCCAACCUGCUCGCGCAGCACGCCGCCGCCGCCAUCCACCGCUGCUCCGUUGAGGAGGGCGACCUCCCGCACCGCAUCGGCGUCAUUGUCGAGACCUUUUGGCACGUCCGCCACCUCAUCCCGCGCAUCGAGACUGGGCCCCGCGCCUGGUCGCACCGCCUCGGCGUUGGCAUGUCGUUUUGGUGCCUCGAGCUGUUCAAGCGCGGUCUUUGCGCUGCGCAAAAGAAUAGCGAGACGGCGGCCGCGGCGAAUAGGGCCAAUGACCUCAUCCAUGGCCACAGGAGCACACGACAGAAUCCGGCGCGGUCCACCGAGCCUGCCAGCGAGAAUGACGUGCCGUCUUCCACAGGCCCGCAACCUGCGCCCACAUCUGUCGGCCAGUCGAGCAACAUGCUGCUUCCAAUGACAAUGAGCGCCGACCCCUUUCAGGAAAUCGACUGGUCCAUGUUCACAGACGACUUUGGCUGGAUCGGCGACGACGGUGUGCUGCUCGGCCUACCAUGA